CACCUCUCCAUUUUCCUCCAUACACACACAUCAAAACCCCCAUUUCCAAUCUCUCUCCCUCUAAACAUCUUCAUCUCCAAAACUUUCUCUUCAAGACUCAAAAACGGUGUUAAAUGGGUGCUUGUAUGUCUUCCGGUGGCGAUUCCGUUACAAAUAGAUCCAAUUCCGCUCUCGUUAUCUCGCCUAAGGGUGAAUUACGACGUUAUUCUUCUCCUGUUUUUGUUUCCGACGUUCUUCAAUUGGAAACUGACGGAGCUGCUUCUUCUUUCUUCGUGUGUAACUCCGACAAUUUGUCUUACGAUGAGCAUAUCAGAGCUUUGGAUUUAGAAGACGAACUAGAUGCUGGUCAGAUUUAUUUCGUUUUACCUGUUUCCAAACUUAGGGAGCGUUUGAGUGCUUCUGAGAUGGCGGCAAUGGCAGUCAAGGCUAGCGUCGCGCUUAAUGCGAAAGCGACUUAUAAAACGAUAACGCGUAGUGGAUCGCUUUCUAGAUCUAAAGCUAUGAAUAGUCAGAAAAGGAAGAACAAAUCUAAGAUUUCUCCUUUUGUGGUGAUGGAAACGAGUAAGAUCAAUGUGAUUGUUGAUCAGGAAGAGCAGAAUAAGCGAUUGGUUGAUAGUAAUUAUAAGCAACAGGCUUCGAGUUUAGGAGUGUCCAGAUCGGGAUCGAUACGGAAAUUGCAGAGAUAUUCGUCUAGGAAAGCUCGAUUGGCUGUUCGAUCUUUUAGGCUUCGUCUGUCUACCAUAUACGAAAGUGAAUCUUCUGAUCAUUCUCACAAAUACUAUUGAACAGUCGAUUCGAUGCUUUAUAAAUUUUUAUUAUCUUUUUUUGUUGGCAUAAUGAAAUCCAUUUAUAUGUAUAUAUACUUAGACUGAGGAUUGAAUCCAUGCAUGAUUAAUUUAAGUUUAUUGGCAUAA